AUGAAGGUUCCUGAGUGGGCUUAUGGGGUUCCUCCUGUUAGUGUUAUUGGGGAAAGCUAUUGUACUCCUUACCCCCUUGAGUUGAUUGUCAAGAAGAAGAUUAAUAAACUAUCCAGUUCGCAAUUUCAAGUGUUUGAUCUCAGUGGAAACUUUCUCCUAAAGGUAGAUGGUGGUGUCUGGAACUUCAAGCUGAAAAGAGUUUUGCUUGAUCCUGCUGGUUUUCCAAUCCUCACAUUGCGGGGAAAGGCACUUGCAUUUCGGCAUAAAUGGAAGGCUCACGCAGGUGAAAGCACACACGACACCAGCAAUAUCCUCUUCUCUGUGAAGCAAUCUCAUCCUCUCCAGAUAAAAAAACAGAUCAAUAUCUUCUUGGCAAACAACUUCAAGAAAAAGGAACCUGACUUCCAUAUAACCGGAGCUUACACAUCCUUGUCAUUCAAAGUUUAUGAAGGCCGUAGACUCAUUGCAGAGGUCAAACAUAACUUCACUCUUGAUAGUUUCUGCAAGGGAAAGGAGAAAUACAAGGUUAAAGUUUAUCCAGAGGUUGAUUAUGCAUUCAUCGUGGCAUUGCUGGUGAUUCUUGAUGAGAAUGACACCCCUUGA